AUGUAUCGACAAGUGCGCGUCCGACCAGAGGAUCGGAAGUACCAGUGUAUUCUUUGGCGUUCGUGUGUGGACGGUCCGAUCAACACGUACGAAUUGAAUACGGUGACAUACGGUACAUCUUCGGCCCCAUUUCUAGCCACUCGCGUCUUGCACCAGAUAGGAUUAGAAUGUGCAGAUCAAUCGCCUCUAGCAAGUCGUGCGAUAAUUUAUGACUUUUACGUAGACGACUUGCUCACCGGAUGCGAGACAGUAAGGGAAACACAGGCAUUAAAGAAACAGCUGACACAAGUUCUAGGGCAAGCAGGGUUUCAGUUACGAAAGUGGGCAUCAAACAAGCCCGAAAUCUUGCAUGAUCGGUCUAGCAUAGAAAAGGAGAUCAAACCUCCCGAAGGGGAUUCCAAAACAUUAGGAUUGAUAUGGCUUUCCGAACCAGACGAGCUUCGGUUCUCGGUCAGAGAGCCAAUCUAUACUCGCAUCACUAAACGCACCAUACUUUCUGAAAUCGCUCAGGUGUUCGAUCCACUCGGCUUAGUCGGUCCCGUAAUUACAAGGGCCAAGAUUUUAAUGCAAACCUUGUGGCAGCUGCAAUUAGGUUGGGAUGAAAGUGUAGAUCAAGAUCUUCAUGCCCAAUGGUCAAGGUUUCGUACAGAAUUGAACCAGGUCAAGACAUUAGAAAUACCGCGCCGUGUAAUAUGCGAUAACGCAAGGGCAGUAGAACUGCACGGGUUUUCGGACGCGUCGGAAAAAGCCUACGGUGCGUGCAUCUACCUGCGGUCGCUCGACGAGACCGGCAGGUACACGGUGCGAUUGCUUUGUGCCAAAUCUCGAGUCGCUCCUUUGAAAACAACCACCCUUCCGCGGCUAGAAUUAUGCGGUGCCCUUUUGUUAGCCCAAUUAGUCAAACGAAUCCGAUACGCGUUACAGUUAGCAUUCAAGUGCGAACAUUACUGGUCAGACUCCACAAUUGCUCUAGCCUGGAUCAGAGGUCAACCAAACCGUUGGAAGACCUUCGUGGCGAACCGCGUGUCAGAAAUUCGACAAUCUACGUCAGUAGAAAACUGGCACCACGUGGCUUCGGAAGACAACCCUGCCGACGUGAUUUCACGAGGCACCGACCCCACAACGUUAAGGCGUACAGACCUGUGGUGGUCUGGCCCAUCGUGGCUAUUACAAGAACAGCACGAAUGGCCCUCAAUCGAGACAAUCCCAGACACAAUGCCGGAAGAGAUCAACCACGUUCGUAGUCAUGUCGCAACACCUAAUUGCCCGACGGACAUCUUUUGCCGUUUUUCAUCCUACUCUAGGCUUGUUAGAAUUGUAGCGUACUGUAGGAAGUUCGUAGAUCGGCUGAAAUCCAAAACGCGGGAGAACAGUCAAACCCUCGCCGUGCAACCUAACGCCACAAAUUCAUGGCAAUCAUUUUUAACAGCACGCGAAUUAGCUCGGUCCGAAGAGACAAUAAUCAAACUCGUACAGCAAGAGUGCUUCGGCAAGGAAAUCAGCGAUCUACAAGCAGCUAACCCGCUAGCACAAACCAGCAAAUUAGCCUCGCUGAAUCCGUUCCUGGACUCAAAGGGUUUGCUCAGGGUGGGCGGGAGACUCCGAAACGCUCCUAUAGUUUACAAUCAGAAACACCCAUUGAUUCUACCCUCGGACCACCCAUUGACGAAUUUAGUGGUGACCUAUGAACACUGUCGAUUGCUCCACGCGGGGUGUCAGCUCACCAGCGCAUCGUUGCGCAAUCGGUUUUGGAUACUAGCUUGCAAGCGCGUGGUUAAGAAAAUAAUACACAGAUGCAUUCGUUGCUUCCGAACAAAACCGACCGGCAUAAAUCCGAUCAUGGGAGACUUGCCUGCAACUCGGGUGACUCCUGCUCGACCGUUUGCUACCUGCGGAAUCGAUUAUGCCGGUCCGUUAUUAAUUAGGGAACGCGGGCGUGCUCGCACCGCACACAAGGCCUACAUUUGUAUAUUUGUAUGUUUCGUCACCAAGGCUGUACACAUAGAAUUAGCAACAGACUUGAGCACUGACGCCUUCCUGAAUUGCCUCAAUCGGUUUAUAGCUCGUAGGGGACGGAGUCACUGUAUCUACUCAGACAACGGUAGAAAUUUCAUUGGAGCACGCAACAAUCUUAAUGAAUUAGGAGUGUUACUAAAUAGUAAAGAACACCACGCAAAGGUAGGAAAUUUACUAGCACAGGAGCAGAUACAGUGGCACCUGAUCCCGCCACAUGCGCCGCACUUUGGGGGUCUAUGGGAGAGUGCUGUCAAAUCAGCGAAACACCACGUCAAAAGAAUAAUAGGGGAACAGCGCCUCACGUACGAAGAGCUGUACAUAAUACUAGCACAGAUCGAGGCAUGCUUGAAUUCCCGCCCUCUUCAUCCUCUUUCGUCAGAUCCCAAUGAUCUCACUCCUCUCACUCCUGGACAUUUUUUAAUCGGAGAUGCACUAACCGCCCUGCCGCAACAGGAUUUAUUGCAUCUAAAACAAAAUCGACUAAACCGGCAUCAGUUAGUCCAACAGAUGCUGCAACAUUUCUGGAAGCGUUGGCAGCAGGAGUAUUUACACCAUCUCCAGCAACGUCAAAAAUGGAGGCUUCAUUCACCAACCAUAGUGAAGAUAGGUGCCCUAGUCGUCAUACGAGAAGACAACAUCCCACCAUUACGUUGGCGUCUUGGGAGAAUUACCGAGCUCCAACCAGGCACCGAUGGGAUAAUCCGGGUGGUGUCCAUCAAGGUGUCUGAUGGCAUUAUCAAGAGGCCGGUGACAAGAAUCUGCCUCUUACCGCUGGCAGAGGAAGAAGACGCUGCGGAAAAUACCCCCGGCUCACAACCGAACGUAGAGUAA